AGUGCCCUGCGAGGUACCGCUUUUUUUGCCUUACUCAAUAGCAACCCCCGAUAAUGUCUACUCCAGCCUCGUCACAACCCAGAGUCUCACUUCCACUUGUGAGUACGCUACACUCAGGAGUAGCUGUCUUAGUAUUAACAUUAUUAGGCUUACCAACAAGAUCUAUUUGAAGAAGUCUGUGAGCAGGACCAACUUGUCAUCCUUGCUAGAGGUCUCGGCCUGCUACAUAUUGUCACAAGUCUGCUACAUAAAUAUGAUGCUGUUGGGAACAACCUCGUGUUGUUGAUUGGCGCAGAUGAUAGAGAGAAUGGAUGGCUCGGUGAAGGUUUGUUCGCCACUUGGCAGGAAAACCAGACAUAUGAGAACUAAUGGCCCAUAGCUCUCGCUGAACAUGCGGUAAGAUCAGGAGCCACAGAGGCGAGGGGCUUAAAAAUUAUAAACACCGAAGUUGCGAGUGUCUCUGCGAGGUGUGCCGUGCGGAACUGGAAUAUAGUGGCUGAAAUGCAGGUGCUGAUUCGUUAGGGCGGAGAUGUACAAGCAGGGCGGCAUAUUCUCGGUCACCUCGAGGAUUCUGGUAACGGAUAUGCUGACAGACUUGAUGGACUGCCCGAAGAUAUCUGGAGUGGUAGUUCUUCAUUCUGAGAGGUUGGCUCCUGAUUUUCCCUAUCUAUCAAGUGGAUGGAAGGUAACUGGUCAUUAGGGUCAUUGCGACUUCCACCGAAGCUUUUAUUCUCCGAAUAUAUAGGCAAAAGAAUCAAGAAGGAUUCCUCAAAGCUUUCUCAGACAAUCCAGAGCCUUUCACAACUGGUUUCUCUCCUUUGGCUACUAUGAUGCGAAACUUAUUCUUGCGAUCACCCUCACUAUGGCCGAGGUUCCAUGUAACUGUUGCGAAAUCGCUCGAAACCAAGACGGCAGAGGUAGUGGAGCUUGAGGUCGCAAUGACUGACUCAAUGCGAGAAAUCCAGACUGCGGUGUUGGAGUGCAUUGAGACUUCGAUUAGCGAGCUGAGGAAGUCGAAUAGUUCUCUUGAUCUGGACGAUUGGACCAUUGAUAGUGCACUCCAUAAAUCUUUUGAUGUCGUUGUACGGCGGCAGUUAGACCCCGUAUGGCACCGGAUUAGCUGGAAGACGAAACAAAUAGUCAAUGAUUUGACCGUUCUUAGGAGGAUACUACAGUAUUUCACUCGGCCAUACCUUAGCCUGAUGGAUUCUGAUGCUGACUGCGGAAAAGCUGUCUUUUGACAUACGAUUGUGUGACUUUUUAUCAAUACCUGGAAACGAUUCUUGCAACACAUGCACCCCCGCCAGGUUCCACCCGUUCGUCCCAAUCACCUUGGUUGUUCCUUGACGCUGCACAUACGAUAUUCACUCUUGCGAAACGGAGAGUUUACACAGGGAAGGCAGAUUUAAGCAAGAAGGUCCCAGGGAAAGUGCCGCACGGGCUUGAACCAACAUUAGAGGAGCUUCCAAAAUGGGCGAUGCUAGCAGAGGUGCUUGGUGAAAUUGAAAACGAUGGCUAUUUUAAUCCGGCUUUCAGUCAGUCCCCCAGGAGCACACUGAUAAUGUGCGGUGACGAAAGUACCUGUAGGCAGAUACGCGAAUUCCUUCAGACUAUGCACGAGACACCCUUGGAAGACCUUAUAAACCAGGAUGGUGAGCUGGAGAAGCCCAGCCGGGCUUCUGCGGCCUAUAUGAUGCGGCGGAAGCUGCGAGCAUAUUUCGCUUGGAAACCAGAUUUUGCAAAGCUCAGCGCUCUGUUAUAUACCGGGGAGCGGAAGAACCAAGGCCAAGGCCAGGGAAACUUUGGUGGCCCAGUGAACAAAAUACCCAGCAAUGAGAGCUUCCGAGGUCGAGGCCCCCCUCCAAACAAACGACGGAGAGUUCGGGGAGGUGCAGCGGCGGCUAGUGGACCAAACCGUCAAAAUGCUGGGGCGGUCCAGGUAACGGAAGAGCAAUCCGCACAGGUUGCUGCUUUGCUUGCCGGCGUUCAGCCGACGGAAGGAGAGCAGAAUCUAAAGCAGGAAAUUGGAGCAGAUUCCUUCGAGAACAUGGAAGACUAUUAUGAGUUUUAUGAAAUGAAUGAUCUCAUUGUGGUCCACCCCUAUGAUGGAGAUAUGGAUGAACGCUUGCUGGAUGAGCUUCGGCCUAGAUAUGUCAUCAUGUACGAGCCCGACCCCUCUUUCAUUCGGCGAAUAGAGGUAAUAUAUAUCCAAACUGUGCACGCCCCGGACGGAAGGUCUGAUGCAGGUUUAUAGGUCUACCGCAGUUCACACAAAGACCGAGAGGUUAGGGUAUACUUCCUGUACUAUGGCAAGUCCGUGGAAGAACAAAGGUAUUUAAGCACCAUACGGAAAGAAAAGGAUUCGUUCACCAAGUUGGUCCGUGAGAAAGGAGUAUGUUACGCACAUGAUCCAUUGUUUGUACAAACCUAAUAGCCUCCUCAGAGCAUGAGCGUCACCCUCACCUUGGAUGCAAAAGCCGUCGAGGACCCGCAGGAGGCUUUCCUUAGAACAGUAAACACUAGGAUAGCCGGGGGCGGCCGUGUAGCGGCGACUGCUGUCCCGCCAAGGGUAUGUCUGAGCUGCGUGGUGUUAUGAUUACCGAGGUAUCUAACAUAUUCUCAGGUAAUUGUAGAUAUACGAGAGUUUCGCAGUUCGCUGCCAUCUCUAUUGCACGGGAGAAAUGUUGAGGUCGUCCCUUGCACCCUGACUGUUGGAGAUUACAUUCUCUCUCCAGACAUAUGCGUUGAAAGAAAGUCAGUCCAGGAUUUAAUAUCUUCAUUUAAGGAUGGAAGGCUUUACACCCAGUGCGAGAACAUGCUACUAUAUUACAAGAACCCCAUGGUGCUCAUUGAGUUUGACCAAAAUAAAUCGUUCAACCUGGAGGUAUGUUGUCCGUAUCCAGUAUCGGACAAGACGUACAGCUAUGGCAUUAACAGAACUGUGCAGCCCUUCGCGGAUCUCACGGGAAAUAUGGGCCAGCACGAUCUCCAGGCAAAAAUAGUGCUGCUAACUAUAGCCUUCCCCAAGGUUAAGCUAAUCUGGUCCUCGAGUCCCUACCAAACGGCCGAGAUCUUUGAGGAAUUAAAGAGAAAUCAGAAGGAGCCAGACCCACUGGAAGCAAUUAAACUUGGACUCGAGCCGGGCGAAGAAAUUGCUGGCGUCUACAACCGGACACCCCAGGUAUUCCUAAACUCUUGCCCGUGUUAAAUACAGUACUAAAAGGACGGAUAGGAAGUCCUACGAUCAAUACCCGGGAUUGACCCCAAGAAUAUCAAGACCAUCAUGUCAGAGGUGGAGAACCUGGUUGAGCUCAGUAAUAUGGAGGAGAAAGAUAUAGCUGCAUUGAUCGGAGAUGAUGCUGGAAAGCAGGUUCACGGGUUUUUCAAUAGAUCGGCAUUUUCUUAAGGGGGAUACCUUGGGGUGCUAGAACAUAACCGGGUGAAUUAAUAAAAUGAGCCCUAGGCCAUCUGAGAGCUCACAAUGAACAAU